ACCUGCGUUUCGUAUUCUUCUCGCAUUCCCUCUAUUAAUACUAACAUUUACCGUCUCAUCUCCCCCGUUUUCUCUCUCGUCUCUGUAAUUGUAAAACCCCUAUCAAGAUUCUUCUCUGCAGUCACUCUCAUCGUCUCGAUCACGCAUUCCAAUUACAAUUCUCUCUUCAUGCUUCCUUUCAGAGCCUUGAUCUCGUAAUUAUCAAUCAUGUCAGGUCGUAUUGAUCGCUUUGCCAUGCCUUGCUUUGAGGGAUUCUCCAGCGCUGAUGAAAGACGAGAACGAAAAUCAGACUUUGAAAUUUCUGAGGAUGAUAGGAAGACUAGAAUUGGAAAUUUAAAGAAGAAAGCAAUGAAGGCUUCUAGUAAGUUCAAACAUUCUCUUAGGAAGAAACAUAGGAGGAAAAGUGACGGCCAGGUUAUAUCUGUGUCAAUUGAGGAUAUUCGUGAUGCUGAGGAGCUGCAGGUGGUCGAUGCAUUUCGGCAGGCGCUUAUCUCAGAUCAAUUGCUCCCUUCAAGACAUGAUGAUUAUCAUAUGUUGCUGAGAUUCCUAAAAGCAAGGAAAUUUGAUAUUGAGAGAACAAAACUCAUGUGGGCCAAUAUGAUUCAAUGGAGGAGGGAUUUUGGUACUGAUACAAUUUUGGAGGAUUUUGACUUCUCUGAGUUGAAUGAAGUUCUUCAGUACUACCCUCAGGGUUAUCAUGGUGUGGACAAAGAGGGAAGACCCUUAUAUAUUGAAAGAUUAGGAAAAGUGGACCCCAACAAACUUAUGCAAGUGACAACUUUGGAACGAUAUGUGAGAUACCAUGUGCAGGAGUUUGAAAAGAGUUUUGCAGUUAAAUUUCCAGCUUGCUCUAUUGCAGCAAAGAGACACAUAGACUUGAGUACAACAAUUUUAGAUGUUCAAGGCGUGGGCUUCAAAAAUCUGACUAAGCCUGCACGAGAACUUAUCAUGCGGCUGCAAAAGAUCGAUGGUGACAAUAUCCCUGAGACACUUUGCCGAAUGUUCAUCAUUAAUGCCGGUCCUGGUUUUAAGCUUCUAUGGAACACAGUGAAAUCUUUUCUUGAUCCUAAAACAACCACAAAAAUUCAUGUUCUUGGUAACAAGUACCAGAAUAAAUUACUUGAAGUCAUUGAUGCAAGCGAGUUGCCAGAAUUUCUUGGUGGUAGUUGUACCUGUGCUGGUCAGGGAGGUUGCAUGAGAUCUGAUAAAGGGCCAUGGAAAGACCCUGAAAUUUUAAAGAUUGUUGUUAGUGGUGAAGGGCUCUGUUCGAGACAAAUAGUGACUGUUUCAAAUAAUGAAGGCAGGGUAAUUGUUUGUUCUAAGCCAUUUUAUCCAGCGAUAAAGAGUACUGACACAUCUACUACAGAAUCGGGAUCGGAAAUGGAAGAAAUUACUUCUCCUAAACCACCUAAGAGCUUUUUGCAUCCUAAGUUGACACCUGUCUGUGAAGAAGCUAGGAUCACUGGUAAGCUAAGCUCAACAGUUGGCUUUUCGGAAUAUGAUGAAUAUGUGCCAAUGAUUGACAAGCCUGUGGAUGUGGGAUGGAAGAAACAGGUUCCCGCGGAAAAGAAAUAUGCUUCUGGAGGGGCACAAUCUCUUCUUGUUGAUGAAAAACUUCCAGAAGGAAUACUAGGCCGUUUCUGGGUUCUACUCACAACCUUCUUCUUAACCCUCUUCACAUUUGCCCAUUCUCUAGCAAUCCGAAUAACUAAGGAACAUUCUACAUCUAAUUAUUCUGUAAGCAGAAUUCCUGAAUCAAAACCCAGGGAGCACUUGGGACCUCCUUCACCAGCUUCUCCAAGGUUUGCAGGGGCAGACCUGCGGUCAUCUGUUUUGAGAAGACUAGGGGAGCUUGAGGAGAAGGUUGAGAUGCUGCAGUCAAAGCCAUAUAAGAUGCCAUGCGAAAAAGAGGAAUUGCUGAAUGCUGCUGUUUAUCGUGUGGAUGCAUUAGAAGCAGAGCUAAUUGCAACCAAAAAGGCUUUGCAUGAAGCAUUAAUGAGGCAAGAAGAACUUUUGGCUUACAUAGACACUGAAGAGAAUGCCAAACACCGGAAGAAGAAGUUUUGCUGGUGAAAGAAGACAGUUCUGUAUAGGAGGCAUAUUCCAAAGUACCUUGGUGCUUAAAUUUGCAUGCUUGAAAUCAGAAAGAAAUCUGCUUGUCAAAGGGGCUCCUGAUACUCGAGGAGACUUUAUAAUAUAAUAUAUCAAUAUGAAAUUUGGUGUGCGUGUACGUAAUACAAUUAGAUCUUGAUUUGUGGCAGUCACAUUAUCUAGUUAAUACUGAUUUUUGUUUGUAUAAAUUAUUUAUAUUUAUAGGUCUGGUGCAGCAUUCUUGAAUGUUGUAGACGGAACAAAAUAAUUAUGGGGAAUUGUCGAAUUCGGAA